AGUAGUAGUAGUAGUAGUAGUAGUAGUAGUAGUAGUAGUAGUAGUAGUAGUAGUAGUAGUAGUAGUAGUAGUAGUAGUAGUAGUAGUAGUAGUAGUAGUAGUAGUAGUAGUAGUAGUAGUAGUAGUAGUAGUAGUAGUAGUAGUAGUAGUAGUAGUAGUAGUAGUAGUAGUAGUAGUAGUAGUAGUAGUAGUAGUAGUAGUAGUAGUAGUAGUAGUAGUAGUAGUAGUAGUAGUAGUAGUAGUAGUAGUAGUAGUAGUAGUAGUAGUAGUAGUAGUAGUAGUAGUAGUAGUAGUAGUAGUAGUAGUAGUAGUAGUAGUAGUAGUAGUAGUAGUAGUAGUAGUAGUAGUAGUAGUAGUAGUAGUAGUAGUAGUAGUAGUAGUAGUAGUAGUAGUAGUAGUAGUAGUAGUAGUAGUAGUAGUAGUAGUAGUAGUAGUAGUAGUAGUAGUAGUAGUAGUAGUAGUAGUAGUAGUAGUAGUAGUAGUAGUAGUAGUAGUAGUAGUAGUAGUAGUAGUAGUAGUAGUAGUAGUAGUAGUAGUAGUAGUAGUAGUAGUAGUAGUAGUAGUAGUAGUAGUGCUGAUAAUACAGCUUUACAUGCUUGUGCUGAAAGUUUGAGAUUGUAUGAUAUUAAAACACCAAGAUGUUGUUCGCAGGUAUUUUUUGAAGGACUUUGUCAAAAGCUUUUUCAAAGUCAAGGAAGAUUAUAUCGACAAGAUUUUGCAGCUAAUAUAGUUUUGAUUUUGCAACUGAUUCAGUUGCCAAAUCAAGUGUUUCUUGGAGAUUUGGACAUUCUUUGUAGUGUUAUAUUCUCUGUAAAGCGAUUGGCAUUUUCUACAUGA